AUGUCCUCCUUAAUCUUCUGGAACUGUAGAGGGGUCAAAAAGAAAGAGACCGCCCUCUACCUUAAGGAAGUGGUUAGGGAUAAUUAUGUUUUCUAUGUUGGUCUGGCUGAAACCAAAGCCUCCAAGAUUAAUAAGACUGAUGUUUGCCGUAUUAUUGGCAACAGUUGGGAUUUCUUUCACCAACCUGCAGUUGGCACUGCAGAAGGUAUUUUGAUUAUGUGGGAUAGCAAUUUGGCUAGCUUUACUGCGAUUGAACAUACCUCACAGGUUGUCUUCGGAGCUUUGACUACACCAAAUAAAGGCCUAUGGCAUGUUGCCAUGGUGUAUGGUCAUAAGGAUUUUCAAAUCAGACGUGAUCUUUGGAAUCGUCUUGACAAGGUUAUGAUGAUUGAUGUACCCACGAUUGUGGGAGGAGACUUCAACUGCCUCCUUUCUUCUGAGGAUAAAAUAGGUGGCAAACAGUUUAAAAUGACUAAAGGAACCGAAGAAAUGAAAUCUUUUAUGGAAAAUCAAGAUCUUCAUGACUUAAGCGUUACCAAUCCUGUGGCAUUCAAGCUUGACGACACUAUGCAUUCGCAUUCCAAAACCUUCAGAUUUGAAGAUACAUGGAGAUCCUAUCCCGCUACCAAAGGCAUUGUUGCUAAAGCAUGGAAUAAGUAUGAUUAUGGUGAUGACUCGGAAGUCCUUAACAGAAAAAUCAAGAGAACCUUGAAAUCCCUUUUUUUCUGGAAUAGAAACAAAUGCAAAAGCUUGAACCAGCUAAAAGAUGAACUGAAGAAUGACAUUCUUAAAUUGCAAUUGCAAGAAGAUGAGGAGGGUGGUCUUUGUCCUGAAGAUCUUGAUACACUCUGCAGUAAGGUUAGAGAAUUUAACGUUACUCUAGUUAGACUCUCUACAGGGUGGAACCAUCGCGCAAAAGCCAAAUGGAAUGAAGAUGGAGAUACUAACUCUAGAUUUUAUCAUGCCUAUGCGACGGCUAGGAAGAAUGGCAAGUUGAUCAGACAGAUUAAGGAUGAGAAUAAUACCACUGUGGAGGAAUUGGACAAAAUUGAAUCAGUUUUCUUAAAGUUCUUUGAAGAUAAAUGGAAGCCAAGGAACCGCAAUAUCCAGAACUGGCCUAAAAUUGAUCACAAACAGCAACUUGAUAAUGCAGAUAUUGAUUGCCUAAAUUCAGUUUUUUCUGAAACUGAGUUCUUUAAUGCCAUCUCCCAGCAAGGCUCAAACAAAUCUCCGGGAUUAGAUGGUUCAACUUCUUCGUUUUUCAAAUUCUAUUGGGACAUUAUUAAAGAUACUACUUAG